GUAGUGGUGGAGAGCGAGUUGAGAACAGUAGUUUAUGAGAGUGUAGCUUUUGCCCGAGGAGACUUUGAAGACCUGAGAGUUUUUAAGUAGUGCCUUCACAGCUGCAGUAAUGUCAGAAUAUGUAUUUGAGUCACUGGAAAAGACGUUGGAAACUCAUAUACCAGAUGCAGAACUCAAAGAGAUUAAACGCAUUUUAUACGGAAAAGAACUGAGGAAAAUUAUCCUACCCCAGACUGCACUGGAUGCAGCAUUGGAGAGGGAUUUUGAUCUGCAGGGUUAUGCCUUUGAGGCAGCACCAGAGCAGCUCAGGGCACCUAGAGUUGUGCGGGUGGGACUCAUCCAGAACAAGAUCAUUCUUCCCACUGAUGCUCCUGUACUUGACCAAAUUACAGCUCUGCACAAGCGAGUGGGUGAGAUAGUGGAGGUCGCUGCUAUUUGUGGUGUUAAUAUAGUCUGCUUACAAGAAGCCUGGACAAUGCCUUUUGCCUUCUGCACCAGAGAGAGGGUACCGUGGACAGAGUUUGCAGAGUCUGCAGAAGAUGGCUUCACCACUCACUUCUGCCAAGAGUUGGCAAAAAAAUACAACAUGGUGGUAGUGUCUCCCAUUCUGGAGAGGGAUGAGAUCCAUGGAGGAACACUGUGGAACACAGCAGUUGUUGUCUCAAAUACUGGGACUGUCCUGGGAAAAAGCCGGAAAAAUCAUAUUCCACGUGUGGGAGACUUCAAUGAGUCUACAUACUAUAUGGAGGGCAACACUGGCCACCGAGUCUUUCAGACACAGUUUGGAAAGAUAGCUGUGAAUAUCUGUUAUGGCCGCCACCACCCACUUAACUGGCUCAUGUACAGCAUGCAUGGAGCUGAGAUUAUCUUCAACCCCUCAGCUACAGUGGGAGCUCUCAGUGAACCUAUGUGGUCAAUUGAAGCUAGAAAUGCUGCCAUUGCCAACCACUGCUUUACUUGUGCCAUCAACAGAGUGGGCAUGGAGUAUUUCAAGAAUGAAUUCACAUCUGGAGAUGGGAAGAAAGCCCAUCAUGACUUUGGUCACUUUUAUGGCUCCAGCUAUGUGGCUGCACCUGAUGGCAGUCGCUCACCAGGUCUAUCCCGAAUCAAAGAUGGGUUACUGAUAGCAGAACUAGACUUGAACCUGAACCAACAAAUUGCAGACAUGUGGAAUUUUAAGAUGACAGGGAGAUAUGACUUGUAUGCUGAGGAGCUCACAAAGGCUGUCCAGCAUGCCUUCAGGCCCAAUAUUGUCAAGGAAUAAAUCUUUCUACUUUCUUCCAUUGGAAACAAAGCUUUUCCUUUUUGUGCCUAAAUUUAGUGGAGGAUUAUUUUAUUUUAGUCAGAAUAAUAUAUUAUUUGUACUUUCACUGGUUAUGCCAUUGUCAGCUCCCAAAGAAAAUAACUAAACAAAAAUAAAUAAAUAACUAUUCUUCAUUAGAAUUUUGUAUUGUUGAUUGAGAAACAAUCUUUUCUAUAUAAUCUUUUAUUAAAAGCUAAAGUUGCAGUAUGAAAUUAACUGGAGGGCAUUAACGCUUGACCGGACAAGAAACCUGAAAAUGUCAAUAACAACAAAAGCACCACCAAAAAUAAUAAUAAUAACUGGCUUAAUUAUAUAGCCUUUGUGAUAUAGUCAGUUAUAAGCAAUUUCACGUUCUUCUGCCGCUGAAAAUAGUCUAGAGCAUGUAGGCCUCCACAUACAGAGGAAACCAGGAACGUUCAGGUUUAAACAAGCAGUUGCUUAGAAACAAGCUUGACCUAUGAGAAUUCGACCAGGCAACAGCAGCGAAAUGUGUCGUUUUCAUUUUCUAAAAAGCAAUGUUUCUCAAGUCCUGCAACCCCGCCAAGUGCCUGGUAAAGCAUCGAACUAAACAAAAAAAAAGAAUCUAACGGAUUAUUAUUAUUAUUGACCGGUCAUGUUCAGAGCUCUGUACACUUGCUGUAAUGUUACCGUAAACACUGAAGCUAGCUACAUCACUAACCAGUGCAACGCCUGUUUCACACAUGAUCUGUUUGCAGUGCGUGUGCAGUACAUAUUUUUUUUCCGUGGCCAUGUUCACAGGUUAGAGCAUUCACACUGCUUGCAGAUGCGGUGCAGCCAGUGCAUUGCAGGAGUGGUGCAGCAGUGCACUGAUUGUUUCCGUCUAUUUUGUAAGUCUAUUUUUGUUGUGCUGCACGCGCUGAAUUAAAAAGUGAUAGCGCAUUAUUCGUGGUCAAAAUGAACACCAAUUGACACGAAAAUGUAGUAAUUUCACCAUAAAUGCAUAGAAUUAAAGAAUACUACUGUUUUUCACAAUCAUCUUAUUACUUUAAGCCUGGGGUAAAACUAAGAAAACCAAAAACACUUACCAGGAGUUGCAAAAAUAACUAAUUAAAUCAAAAUUAUGUCUAAAGUAAUUUUAAAAAAAAUGUGAAAUACACUACACAGCUUGUUAUAUUUUGUGUGGGUGAUGGGGGAGGGACGACGACACUCGCAUCUCUGCAGAAAACGGCAAUCAUGGGACUGGCUGGUUAUUGGAGAAAGUUGUUUAUGACCUGCAGGAUUUCUUAUAUAAAGAUUUAAAUGCAAAAGGAAAGACAUGGGAGGCAGUUUUGGGGGGGGGGGGAUGCACCACAUACGCACUGCAAACGGAGCAUGUGUGAACCUGGCCUUAUGGGCCAUUUACAGGACAACAUUUUCAACUAAAAACUGAAAACUUUUUAUGCGUUGUUUUGGGGCCUGAAAAUGCAAACAUUUGAAAAUGGGUUUCAAAGUCUAAGUUUUUGCAAAAGUUGCUGUCAUCGUUUCCAUGUAAACAUACAAAAACGAGAAUUUGUGAAACUGAUGACAUCAUGCGCACGCGUAUUACGUGUUCAGUCUAUAGGCAUGCGCGCAAGUACUUCAAAACUACAAUGGUGUUUGUGCUGCUCAAAAAUUUUGAGUUUAUUGACGCUUCUCCAGCAAAAUGUAGAUUUACCGCAUCACUACUACAACCAGCUGAGACGCAUGCGUUACAUAUGUCAAAUUAUUAACCCACACCUACGCCAAGGAACGGUAUUCAAAAUCUUAUAAUUAUCUUUGUAAUUGUCUGUUUUGGAGUAUAUCUGUAUCCUUUUAUUGCUAAUAAAAUAUAGAAAGCAGACUGACUGCCAGUGUCUCACUAUUUGGUUUGUAUUUGCUGAUUUUGUUCCAUUUUGGUACAAUGAUGGUCAAUAAUUACUUAAACAUGCACUAUUUAAUUUUUUUUCAGUAUUUAAAAAUGAACAAGCUUCGUUAACAGAAUUCUGACCUGGAGUACAAGAAAAGCUAAAAGAUGGGAUUGAAGGCAGAAAAAUCCAUUUCCACAAAGACAAAAAAAAAACAAAAAAAACUUUAUGCACAUUUCAUGUACAUUAAAUUAUAUUACAUUACGAACGUCUCAGCAUUUAUUAACCAAGAAAAAUAAGCUAAAUCUAUGCUUGACAAACGUGAGUUUUCAUAAUUCCUUAUGACAAUGAAUAAUUUUCCAAGUCUAACUAUCAAGAUUCUAAGUAACUGGAGACAGAACUGUUUUUGUACUCAACGUAGAUCAUAAACCAUUGAAAUUGUUUGAGAAAUGUAAACUUUAUUGUGCUUUUUAUCCAGAAAAACCACAGCUUCCCCGUUUACUUGUAUUUGUUUAUAGGGCAGUCUUGCCCAGAUCAGUAUGGUGGUCACAUUGACGUGAAUGCUUAAGUGCGCAGGUGUGUAGUGUUUCUUUACAAAGUGACAUCGCCAACUACUGACCUGGCAUGCAUAAUACAGCAUUUUUAGUCGUGUGAAUGGGGAUCGGUUUGACAACGUUGUCGUCUGUAUGCAAAACUUUUCAAAAAAGCAAAAGGAAAAACUUUUUCAUUUUUAGUACAUCGUUGUUGUGUAAAUGUACCCUUAAUGAAUUUAAAGCAACUUGAAAAGUAGCUAAUAUUUUU